GUGAAGUUAGACUUCGUACACUAUCAAGAGAAAAGAGAAGCAUCACUCUUGCCUUCCUGAAUUUCGUGUUGACUUUGUGAAAGUCACCGUAUAGCUAUCUUAGCCCAUCAGCUUCGGAUCCAUCUUUCAAGACUUUCUAUAUAUAUGGAACAAAUCUUUCCAAAAUCAGCAGCUCAAUUAUAUUGAUCAACCUCUAAUGGCUUUCCCUUCCUCUUUGCUUUUUUCUCUGCUCUGCUUGUUUCUUUAUACGUCCUCCUCUCUCGCAAAAACGAAAUCCGGGCCUAAGCAAUUAGUCCUCCCGAUAUACAAAGAUGCAUCCACACUUCAAUAUCUCACACAGAUUAAACAGAGAACUCCCCUUGUCCCCGUUCACUUAACCAUUGAUCUCGGAGGCCGAUCCUUAUGGACUGACUGUGAACACGGUUACAUUUCAACUAGCAUUCAGCCAGGUGGCUGUGGCACGACUCAAUGCCGCCUGGCUCAGGCAUCUAAAGAGUGUGAGCCCUGUCAACCCACUUUUCCAGUUGGGCCUGGGUGCACUAACUCCCCCACAUGCUGGAGAUUUCCUCAGAACACUGUCACACGCAGCGCUUCAGGAGGCGAGCUAGCUUCAGAUAUCAUCACAAUCAAUUCCACUGAUGGAAAAAGCCGAGGAGACGUUGUGAUUGUGCCUCAAUUCCUCUUCUUCUGCGGAUUGACAACAAUUGUCGACGGUCUUGCUAAGGGAGUCACUGGAAUGGCUGGUCUCGGAAGGACUAAAAUAUCAUUUCCGGUACAAUUAGCCUCUGCUUUAAAGCUCAAACGAAAAUUCGCCCUUUGUUUGAGUUCCUCAGCAACAUCAAACGGUGUUGUAAUCUUCGGUGAAGGCCCCUACAAUUUCCCUACUAAUUCGAAUGACUCCACCUUUCUUACAUACACAUCACUAAUCCUCAACAAAGUGAACACCGAGGUUCGAGUCCUUCGUGGGGAAGCUUCGGCAGAAUACUUCAUUGGCGUCAAGUCAAUCAGGAUCAAUAACAAACCCGUCAAACUCAACACCACAUUGUUGCAGAUCAACAGUAGCGGAUACGGUGGAACGAAGAUUAGUACUGUGAAUCCUUACACUGUCCUGGAAACUUCCAUCUAUAAUGCAGUGAUCAAGGCCUUUGUCAGUGAGCUAAAAAAUGUGACCAGAGUCCCAGCCGUGGCGCCUUUUGGAGCGUGUUUUAGCUCAAAGAACAUAGGCAGUACUCGGGUUGGUCCGGCUGUGCCAACUAUUGAUCUUGUGAUGGAAGAGAGUGGUGUGUUUUGGAGGAUGUUUGGUGCAAACUCAAUGGUGAGGGUAACCAAGAAUGUUAUGUGUUUAGGAUUUGUGGAUGGAGGUGAAGCUACUUUUAUUACUUCCAUAGUGAUCGGAGGACAUCAAGUUGAGGAAAAUUUGUUGACGUUUGAUCUAGAUAAAUCGAGGCUUGGGUUUAGUUCUUCACUUUUGUUGAGACAGAUAACAUGCGAGAACUAUAGGGUUCUUGCCCAUGCUUAAAGCUGAUUAAAGUCCAACGAUAAAAUGGUGACCAAGUUCUUUUUGUGUAAUAAUGUUUCGUUUCUGCUGGUUUCCGUCGAAUAAAGUGAUUGUCAAUUGGCAUGUAAAAACUUGUGGCUUUUAAGUUUCAUCUUGUGUUUGAGGCCUUGAGCAUAGUUUCCUUCUUUAUAAGCAAGAUAAAAUCCCAGUCAACUUUGUGUA